CCUCCUCUCCUCUCCUCUCCUCGCGCUCCUCCACGCCGACCGCCAUGGCCGCCGCCGCCGAGGUCGACGCGGCCCCCGACCUCCCCAACGGAUCCUCCGCCGCCGAAAAGAAGAAGUCGCGCGAGAGCGACCGCCGCCGGCGCCGCCGCAAGCAGAAGAAGAACAAGGCCGCCUCCAACGCCGCAGAUGCCGAUGCGGCCGGGGACGAGGAGGAGAAGCCUGAUGUCAAACCCCAGGUGGAGGUUGAAGUGGAGUACGUGCCGGAGCAGGCCGACCUGGACGACGGCCUUCUCGCCGACUUCAAGAGCAUCUUCGAAAAAUUCACCUUCAAGGACUCCUCUGCUGCCGACGAGGACGAUGAGAAGAAAGAUGAGGCUGGCACUGAUGCAGCAAAGAAGGCUGCAGGAUCUGACUCGGAUGAUGAUGAGCAAGGCACACUGCAGAAGAAGGAAGGGGGCAUAUCCAACAAGCAAAAGAAGCUACAAAGGAGGAUGAAGAUUGCAGAAUUGAAACAGAUAUGCAAUAGACCUGAUGUUGUCGAGGUCUGGGAUGCAACGGCAACGGAUCCCAAGUUACUUGUCUAUCUGAAGUCCUACAGGAACACUGUACCUGUCCCGAGGCAUUGGUGUCAAAAGCGGAAAUUCUUGCAGGGUAAGCGAGGCAUUGAGAAGCAACCUUUCCAACUCCCUGACUUCAUCGCUGCAACUGGAAUAGAAAAGAUAAGACAGGCAUAUAUUGAGAAGGAGGAUAGUAAAAAAUUGAAACAAAAGCAGCGGGAGCGUAUGCAACCAAAAAUGGGGAAGAUGGAUAUAGACUAUCAGGUCUUGCAUGACGCCUUCUUCAAAUAUCAAACAAAGCCAAAAUUGACUAGUCAUGGUGACCUUUAUUACGAAGGGAAAGAAUUUGAGGUCAAGCUUAGGGAAAUGAAGCCAGGUAUGCUGUCCCGAGAACUUAAAGAGGCCCUUGGUAUGCCUGAUGGCGCACCACCUCCAUGGCUUAUAAACAUGCAGAGAUAUGGUCCUCCACCCUCUUAUCCUCAGCUGAAGAUUCCUGGCUUAAAUGCUCCAAUUCCUCCUGGUGCUAGUUUCGGAUAUCGGCCUGGGGAAUGGGGGAAACCUCCUGUUGAUGAGCAUGGACGCCCCUUGUAUGGAGAUGUUUUUGGAGUCCUACAGCAGGAUGAACCUAAUUAUGAUGAGGAGCCUGUUGAUCGCAGCAAGCACUGGGGAGACUUGGAGGAAGAAGAGGAGGAGGAAGAAGAGGAGGAGGAGGAAGAGGAAGAAGAACCAAUGGAGGAUGAAGAAAUGGAAGAAGGCAUGCAAUCUGUUGACACCAUCUCAAGCACUCCAACUGGUGUGGAAACACCUGAUGUGAUUGAUCUUCGGAAGCUGCAAAGGAAAGAGCCUGAAAGGCAGACCGAGAAGCAACUGUACCAGGUUCUUGAGCAAAAAGAAGAAAGAAUUGCCCCUGGGACGCUCUACGGAUCAAGCCAUACGUAUGUGGUUGGUGCACAGGAUAAGGCUGGUCCUAAAAGGGUGGAUCUUCUCAAGAACCAGAAGUCUGAUAAGGUGGAUGUCACCAUACAACCUGAGGAGCUGGAAGUUAUGGAUGAUGUUUUGGCAGCCAAGUACGAAGAAGCGCGGGAGGAAGAAAAGCUGCGGAACCAGAAGGAAGAUUUUAGUGACAUGGUGGCGGAGAACGCAAGCAAGAGGAAGAGGAAGCAGGAGAAGGAUGGGAAAUCAAAGAAGAAAGACUUCAAGUUCUAGACGUUGUUGCUCUUUGCUAGUGAGCAGAUCCAAAGGGAGAGGAUUCAUGUUUGCAUUCAUCUGUUUUUAGAUUGUCCUUGGCUUAUAGAUUAGAUGAAUGCGUUGCGUAGGCACGGCAUGUACGAGUGUCCUUUUUAUGUGUAGUAUGCGUGUAUGACUGAUGGUUUCCCUUCCAUAUGAUGAUGAUGAUGUUCACUUCACUGGACAUAUUAUCGACGUAAGAGGACAGAGUUUUGUUCUCUCUUGACAUAAA